CAUGUGCUCGGUAAGGAUUCUGAAGAUUUCUUUGAGGGAGCCCCAGAGGGACUCUGGAACGGCAUUUUGGUUCAGGAAAAGAUGGCGCAACUGAAGCCCAGAUACUCUUGUGUGCACGAAGCAAAAUUUAAUCCUCCGAGCAGCUCCAGCGGAGGCACUGCCGCGUUCCCGUCGGAACACACCCAGGAACAACGCGGGCACGGCGCUGUUUCCUAUGGCCGCCCGGAAGCCUCUCCUCCCGUGACUCCCAGAGCGCCCCGCUUCCAGAGGCACAUCCUGCGGGACCGGGCCGACCCUGCCUCCUCCCGCCCGCGGGAAGAUGCCCAAGAAAGGAGGGAAGGUUGCAGACGUGGCAAAGGAGGCACAGGCUCAGUGCAAACGGCCCAGAUUGGACACAGCUGGUUCCUCAUCAGUCCUGAGUUUUGAGAGCCCAGACAGCCUCUUCAGGAGCCUCAUCUCUCCCAUCAAAGAAGAGGAGUUUUUCAGGGACUACUGGGAGCAGAAGCCACUGCUUGUUCAGAGAAAUGAUGUCCAGGUGGCUGCUUACUACCAGUCCCUGUUCCAGCUGGCACACCUGAAGGAGCUGUGCAGCCAGGGCCUGUACUACGGGCGAGAUGUGAAUGUCUGCAGGUGUGUCAACGGGAAAAAGAAGGUCUUAAAUAAAGAAGGCAGAGUGAAUUACAUGCAGCUGAAGAAGGAUUUUGACCAGAAGAAGGCAACAAUACAGUUUCAUCAGCCUCAGAGAUUUAAGGAGGAGCUGUGGAAGAUUCAGGAGAAGCUGGAGUGUUACUUUGGGUCUCUGGUGGGCUCCAAUGUUUACAUCACUCCCCAGGGGUCUCAGGGCCUUCCCCCUCACUACGAUGAUGUUGAGGUGUUCAUCCUCCAGCUGGAAGGAGAGAAGCACUGGCGGCUCUACAAACCCACGGUGCCUUUGGCUCGGGAGUACAACGUUGAGCCCGAGGAGAGGAUUGGGAGUCCCACACAUGAGUUCAGAUUAAAGCCAGGUGACUUACUGUACUUCCCAAGAGGGACUAUUCACCAGGCUGACACUCCUCAUGGGAUCUCCUAUUCAACACACGUGACCAUCAGCACCUACCAAAACAACUCUUGGGGAGAUUUCUUACUGGAUGCAAUUCCUGGCCUGGUGUUUGAUACAGCAAAAGAGGAUGUGGCACUGAGGACAAGCAUUCCAAGGCAACUGCUCAUGCAGGUGAACACAGCUGACUGCACCAAAAAGCUGAGCAGCCUUCUGAGAAGGCUUGCAGACAGUCUGGAGAACUCCAGGGAACUGAGAUCAUCCGACAUGAAGAAGGAUUUCAUCACGCACCGGCUGCCGCCGUGCUUGGGAUGUGACUCUGAUCCUUUGACUCCAGGUGGGAAAUUGCCAAAAAUAGAUAGCAAAAUCAGACUGCAGUUUAGAGACCAUGCUAUCAUCACUGUGGAACCAGAUCCAGAGAAUGCUGAUGAAAUUCGCAGGGACAUGGUUUAUGUGUAUCAUUCCUUAAAGAACAGGAGAGAAACUCACAUGAUGGGGACAGGGGAUGACACUGCCAGUGAGGACGGCCUGGCACAGCAGACUCACGGGCUGCGGUUCCCUUUGUCAUACUUGGAUGCACUGAAGCAGAUCUGGAGUAGCAGCACUGUUACUGUUAAAGAGCUUAACCUUACCUCAGAUGCAGAGAAAGAAAACCUGGCCUUGUCACUCUGGACUGAAUGUCUGAUUGAAGUUCUUUGAUGCUUCUGUGAAUUAGCUGCUCCUGGCUAUUAGGCAUCUCUUGAGACCAAGGUUUAUUAAAUUAGGUUUUUUUAAUCCA